GAUUGAGCUGCUAUGCAAAGUCACAAUUCCCGGCGCUUGUCCGGAGAAACGCUGAAUAAUUGUCUCCUGUUUAGUCGUCUCUCUACAAGCCACACUCCUGAGGCUGAAGAGGAAGGCCGACGUCGCGAUGGCCGUGGAAGUCGUCCAGUUUCUUGUGAAGAAGUUCGUGGAUAGCUUCACCGAGGAGGCAGCGGACGCAGAGGCGGAGCUCCCUUUCCGCGCCCAAUUCCACGACAUGAGGACCGAUCUGGAGAAGGCGGCCGUUUCUCCCGCCAACGCCGAUGAGCUCCGGGAGUGCCUCUACGAACUCAACGACUUGCUCGCCGAGUGCCGCAGGCUCGCCAACCGGCCUAAUCAGCAGCGCUGGUGCUUUGCCCAGUCCGACGCCUGGCGCUUCCCCAAGACCAAGAAGAGGGUGACCGCGGUCAGGCGCAGAGUCCUCGAGUGCGUCGAGAACGACUCCGGUGGCAACGCUGCGGCGUCGCAGGAGGACGCCGCCGCUGGGUUGGACCGCUGGACGACGUCUUGGCUCGAAGGGAGCAGGAUCCAUGGGUUUGACCAGCAGCUCGCGGAGCUGGAGUCCAUGGCGUUCAGGGACUGCGGCGCGGGGAAGCUUAACGGCGUUGGCAUCGUGGGCAUGGGCGGCAUCGGGAAGACCGUGCUCGCGCAGCUCCUGUUCAGCAGCCCGCGUGCGAAAGGCCGUUUCUUCCCCAGGAUAUGGAUGUGCAUGUCGCGCACCGCCUCUGCUGGAGCAGACAGACGCAAGGAAGUUUUGCAGGGGAUGCUCAUGGCUCUUGGACACGAGGAGGAUGCCAUCCUGUCCAUGAACGGCAGCGAUAGCCUGACAGAGCUGACGAUCGCCGUCCACGAACAGCUCGAGGGGAAGAGGUUCCUCAUAGUGUUCGACGACGUGUGGCACAUCGAUAGCUGGUACUCUGACGUUGUUGGCGUUGGCCCCCAGAACGCCAUGCGGAGAGCCGACGACCUGUCUGUCUUAUCAGAACGCCUCGCGUUCGCACUGCCCAAAGGGAGAGGUGGCCUGGUGAUCGUCACCAGCCGGCUGGAGCAGGCGGCAGAGGCGAUGGUGAGGAAGAGCUGCUUGUACCGUGUGCGGCCAUUGGUGGACAGCGCGAGCUGGGCAAUUUUCAUGGAUGUUGUUCUUUCCCAGCCCCAGGAGAAAAAGGCUGUCGAUCUUGUCACUGUUAACCAUAUGAAACAGGAGAUCCUUGAGACUUGUGGCGGGUUCCCAUCGGCAGCCAAGACAAUGGGAGACAUCUUCGCAAGCAGCAGCGUUUCGCCACCUGCAUCGACAUCUACCAGCGAGGAACUCGGCAAGAGUGACCAUAUCAUCACUGCUAGGUAACAGCGGAAGCCUGAAAUAGGCAACACAUAUGUUGUGGUAGAUCCGUUUGUAGAAGCGAGUAGUGACAAGUGGCUUCGAGAAUCCUCGCCUGGUUGGAACACCGGACAAGUUUCCUGUUUAUUCCUGUGAAAUUAAUAAACCGAGAAAAUAAGCUGAUUCAU